UCUCCAGCUGCGCUUGUCCCGUCCACACUGAUCUCUGCGGAGCCUCUGCUCUUUUAAGUGGUGCAAAUACACACAUACAUGCGAUUUGCAACAUUCAAACGACUGGGCGCCCGACCUUUCUCUGAUUUAAAAACAAAAGAAAAAAGUGUGUGUGUGUAGCUCUAGAGGAGAGAAAAAUCCCAAGGAUAGCCAGGAGGAUAUGAGGACCAUCAUUGCAGCCCAUUCUGGAGUGCUGAGAGGUACUGGAGAGAGUAUCCUCUCAGCAUUGAGCAAUCUAUCGUCUCUUCCUUGGAUAGCCCGAUCCAAAAUAGAACGACACUUGCAAAUGCUCUCUGUUCUACAAUGGGUUGCCUCCUUCCUAUUGUUGGGUAUCGUCUGCAGCAUAAUCCUGGCUUAUACCUUCUUCACUAAUUGCUGGCCAAUUGCAGCUCUGUACUUGUCCUGGUUGAUCCUAGACUGGGAUACGCCCAACCAAGGAGGCAGGCGGUCAGCGUGGGUGCGGAACUGGGCCCUGUGGCGAUAUUUCCGAGAAUACUUCCCCAUCAGACUGAUAAAGACACACAGUCUCGCCCCCACACGGAACUAUAUAUUCGGCUACCACCCUCACGGCAUCUUCUGCUUCAGUGCCUUUUGCAACUUCGGGACCGAGGCCACGGGAUUCUCCAAGAAGUUUCCAGGGAUCCGGCCUUCCCUAGCCACGCUGGCCGGAAACUUCCGGCUGCCGAUCCUGCGGGAUUACCUGAUGAGCGGUGGCAUCUUCCCGGUGACCAGGGACGCCAUUGACUACCUGCUGUCCAAGAACGGAAACGGCAACGCGGUGAUCAUCGUGAUUGGCGGGGCGGCGGAGUCGCUGGAGUGCAGCCCGGGUAGUAACGUGGUGACCCUCAGUAAACGCAAGGGGUUCGUGAAGAUCGCUCUGCAGAAUGGAGCUGAUCUGGUGCCCGUUUACGCUUUCGGGGAGAACGAGGUUUAUCAGCAAGUGAUCUUCAAGGAGGGCAGCUGGCUGCGGGCCAUGCAGAGAAAGUUCCAGAAGCUGAUCGGAUUCGCUCCCUGCUUCUUCAGAGGCCGUGGUUUCUUCUCCAGUGACUCCCACGGCCUAGUUCCUUACGCAAAGCCCAUCAACGCUGUGGUCGGGGAACCGAUAUCUGUGCCAAAAAUCGAGAAUCCAAGUCGCGAGGAAGUUGAUCACUACCAUGAAGUCUACAAGCAUUCACUACUCAACUUGUUCAAUAAGUACAAGACUAAAUUUGGCUAUUGUGAGUCACACACGUUAGAGGUCAUUUGAAAUAUGGCCUCCUCAGGUCCCACUUGCUGAGAAACCUCCCCCCUCUCUGCAACACCCCCCUCCUCUA